AUGAAACGAAAACUUGCUGACAAGCUCAAGUCAUCAUCAGCCAACAACAACAAAAAUUCAUCAUCGGAAUCAUCUACAAACAACAACUCAGCAACAAGCCGCGAUAGCAAAACAGAGCAGAAAAAUAACUCUUCCUCCGAACGACGCACCUCUAAUGAUAUUAACAAAAAACAGGCAAAGAAUGAUUGUACUUCCGAACCUCCACGAAAGAAAAUUCUUCUCUUCCAGAAAGAAGAUCAGUCAAAUGGGAAUUUAAAUAACGAAAAAACUCAAAAUGUCGUUGUGGAACAAGAUGAAGAGUUUCUUGCACACCUAAGAGAUUCCGAUAAAGUCAAAAUGAGCAAGAAGGAUGACUUGUUGAAUAACUUUUACAAUUUUGAACUGGAAACUCCAAAAGAAUUUGAAAAGAUGGACAUUGUCAAGAAUUUAUAUGUGGAACAUCCGAGUGUCAAAGCCAUGAAAAACGAGUCCGAGGUACGAGCAAAAGAAGACAUCAAAGUUUUCUGCUCUCGUAAAGGAACUCCAAUCCCAAAGCCAGUUUUACUCUUUUCACAACUCAAUUUUCCAUCUUUUAUUCAAAAGCAAAUCCAAGAAAUGCAAUUCAAAGAACCAACAGCUAUUCAGAAACAAACAUGGCCAAUUGUUUUGCAAGGUUAUGACAUGAUUGGUUUGGCCGAAACUGGCAGUGGUAAAACGUUGGCAUUUGUAUUGCCAGGUUUAAUGCAUGUGUUGGCUCAAAAAGAGCUAAAGAAGGGAGAAGGACCGGUCAUGGUCAUUUUGACACCAACUCGAGAGUUAGCCAUACAAAUUCACAAGGAAUGUGAAAAAUUUUGUAAUGCAAGCCAAUCGGAAAGCAAACCAAUCAAGAUUGCUUGUUUAUACGGAGGAGAAGUCAGAAAAAAUCAAAUCAAGGAAUGCCGAGCAAAACCAGAAAUUGUUAUCGCAACUCCAGGAAGACUUCUUGAUUUUUUACAAGCUGGUAUUACUAACAUGAAACGAUGCUCAUAUUUAGUAUUGGACGAAGCAGACCGAAUGUUGGAUAUGGGUUUCAAUCCUCAAAUUUCUCAAAUUGCAUCUCAAAUUACUCCAGAACGACAAACUCUAUUUUUCAGCGCAACUUGGAAUCGUGCUGUUCAGUCCAUGGCCAUGUCUUACGUAAGCAAAACCGAGCCACACUUUAUUGUAAAUAUUGGAUCGAUAGAGACCAGUGCCAAUCACAAUGUUAAGCAAUCCUUUAUGUUUAUUCAAGAUAGCGACAAGAUGGCAAGACUAAUUGACAUGUUGGACAAACUUAUCAAGAAUCCUGAGGAUUGUAGAACCUUAAUUUUUUGCAAAACCAAGAAACGUACUGACUUUGUGACACAAAAAUUAAGAGAAUCAGGUUGGCCCUCACUAAGUAUUCACGGAGAACGAAAGCAAGAGGAAAGAGAGUGGGUUUUGAAUGAAUUUAGAAGUGGAGACACUCCGAUUUUAGUUGCGACCGAUGUUGCUGCAAGAGGUUUGGACAUUGAGAAUGUGAGAUUUGUCAUUAAUUAUGAUAUGCCUCACGAUAUUGAUUCCUAUAUUCACAGAAUUGGUAGAACUGGACGGGCAGGCAAAGAAGGAAAUUCUGUUUCGUUUUUCACUCCUGAUGAUGUUCAGUUGUGUGCACCACUCAUCAAGGUACUUGAGGAGGCUGAGCAAGAAGUGCCUGAAAAGUUAUUGAAACUGCACGAUCUCACUAUCAAGUCGCACGGAGAAUUAAGUAUUUCUCAACAAAAAGCAAAGGACAAGCUUGAUAUUUUACAAAAUAAAAAGAAAUAA